GGGCCGGACCGCGCGAGGCGGGGGUGGGGUCGCGCGCGCGCAGAGCGGCGCCGCUGCCUCCUCCUCCUCCUCGUUCUCCUCCCGAGCAGCGGCGGCGGCGGCGCGGCCGCGCGGAGCUUCCACAGCCGCUGCCAGGGCCGCCCAGCCCGGAUCCCGCUCUGAUAUGGCUCGUGGACAGCAGAAGAUUCAGUCGCAGCAGAAAAAUGCCAAAAAGCAAGCUGAGCAAAAAAAGAAACAAGGACAUGAUCAGAAGGCUGCAGCCAAGGCUGCCUUGAUAUAUACCUGCACUGUCUGUAGGACUCAAAUGCCGGAUCCCAAGACCUUCAAACAGCACUUUGAAAGCAAGCAUCCUAAGACUCCACUUCCUCCAGAAUUGGCUGAUGUUCAGGCGUAAAGUUGUCUACAGGUGAAGUCAUGACACCUAUUGACUCUUCUACUGUCAGACCUUACAUAACAAACCUGCAGCUGCUUUUCUAAAACUGUUGAUCAGCAAAAAUGAAGGGGCUACAGAAACAUUCAUAUUUUUAUGCUGUUCCCUCUUGGGCUUCUUGAAAAGACAAUUCUGUGUAAAUGUACAGUUGUGCCCUAUUUGGAAAUCCUGAAAAAUCAGUCCAUACUUGUUAUAAAAAUUUUUUUACAAUUGUAAUUAUAUUGAUGUUCAUAUUGUGUAAAAUAACUCACUUAAUAAAGUAGUACUUUGAUUUUACAAUA